AUGAGACGUUUCGUUUUAGGUCUAACGUUGUCUCUGGUGUUAACAACGGCUCAAUUCGCCACAACUGACGAGGAUAAAGUGCCACAGGAUGUUGUCGAAGAAAUCAAGGCCAGCGACGAUAAGCCUGCUGAUGAUGAUGAUCUGCGCCGGUACAGCUACUACAAUGUGGUUCAUGGGGGACAGCAGAGUUCGGAAUCGGAAGAACAAAACUACCGGCCCGCCAAUUUCGCCCCUCAGAAGAUAGGUUACGGCGGUGGAGGUUAUGGAAGUGGUUACGAUGGUGGUUAUGGUGGUGGGUAUGGAGGAUAUCCAACCCGUCCACCCCCAUCCAACCACGAUUCUGACUAUGACUUCCCAAAGCCAAAGCCUCUGCCCAAGUGUAACUGCCAGGAUAUUAUCACACAAAUCGACGACCUUGAUGAAAAGAUUAUUAAAUCUCUGCUUGACCUUGAGAUCAAGGCCGAUAGUAUCCAGAGCGACGUUGCACAUAUUCAUCAGGAAACGGAAAAAGUAGCAUUUGUUUCAUCGCAGACUCAACUCGUGGCAAACGCUGUGGAUAACCAGCUGAGUAUUGUACGGCAGAAUUUGACGAUUAUAGAAUCCGAUGUCAGCGAAUUGACUCAAUUCCAACAGAACAUCCCAGAUAAAACUUAUUUGACUGAGGCGCUGUUCGGUCUGAAGUGCAGCUACGAACGGAAAGAUAAGAAGGGCGAUGAUAAAAUCUACGCUUCCUGCGAUGAUCCCAACAUCAAAAAGACCGGUAGUUACUGGGUGAAGGCAAACUUUUUCAAACCAGUAAAAGUGAUCUGUAUGCUGGACUACGGUGGUCGUUGGAUGGUAAUCCAAAACCGUUUCGACGGAGGCGUAGACUUCUACCGCCCAUGGAGGGAGUACAAGUACGGUUUUGGAAACAAUGAAGGCGGCGAAUAUUGGCUGGGUCUAGAGCGCAUAUACCAGUUAACCAGUGCCGGAUCUUACGAGCUAAUGAUACUGCUGGAGGAUUUCAACAAGACCCAUUCAUAUGCCAAAUACGAUCAAUUUGCUAUCUCCGAUGAGAACGAUCAGUACAAAAUCGAAAAACUGAAGGGAUUCGUGGGCUCUGCAGGAAAUUCGUUUGAUGCUGAAGGAAUGCGUUUCUCCACCUACGACUACGAUAACGACAAGUUCGAUCAGAACUGUGCCGCCAUCAUGCAUGGUGCUUGGUGGUAUAAAUCAUGCGGGGACAGCAAUUUGAACGGCCUUUAUCUCAGUGGAGUCACUCUCGAAAAAACGGGCAUCUACUGGAAGACGUUCCGUGGACACAACUAUAGCUUGAAGAAGACGCGAAUGAUGAUCCGGCUUAGGCAAGGAAGUGGAUACUGA